AUGUUAAGAGAGGACAAGAUGAGAUUUAUGACUAUGUUCGUAAGUCAGAUGAGGAGUACUUGACAUAUUUUGACGAUCUAGGUGAGAAAGAUGAUGAAAUUUUCAAAAAUAAUUACAAUGCUUUUAUGCAACAGCUAUAUGUCAUUGAGCCAAACAUUGCACUUGGGGACUUCGAAAGAAUCUAUGUACAAAGUGGCGUUAUGUUUAGUUCUCAGCUUUUCAGCGUCAAAUCUAAAGACGUAAAACUGUAUCUCAAAGAAGACAUCGAUGAAACUGAUGAAUUAAUUGUUAAAGUAUUUGACCGUACCGUACUAAGGCAAAGAGAGAUCAUAAUAAAUACGUAAUAGAAAAGAAAGACAUAUUUGAUAAUUGUCGAACGGCAUAUUUAUGUGAGAAGCGAACAUAUGAGGGGCUUAUAAAUGAGACGCAAGAAUCUGUGUAUAGAAGAUUCUUUGUAGGAAAUAAUUAUCACGCAUUGCGACCAUUUAUCAUAUUGAAGUAUUCGGCUCAAGAGAUUCUACCACAUGAUAAAGAAACUUAUGAGAAAGCUAAAGAACAAUUGAAUAUAAUCCACCUUUAUAACAUAAUACAUGGAGAUAUAAGCCCAAGAAGUAUUUUAUACUCUCAUUUGAAGGUAUAUAUUUUAUUGAUUUUGGAUACUCAGAAUACAAAGAAGAUAAAUUAGGUUCCAACCCAGUGACUGCUAACCAAGAGAGGAUCAAGAGUGAACACAUACAGUUAUGUAGUAUAUUUGGUCAGUCAACUCCGAAGGAAUAUGAAUAA